AUGCAGUCGCAGUCGCGACAAGUGGCUUUGCAGGACGAGCCGCACCAGGUGCUUGCAAAAGCGAAGCAACGGCGCCGUCGCCGAGAUUCCGCAGCCCAGGUGAUAGCUCCACGACGAGUAGUGGUAGCCGGCCCAAAGCUCAAGCAGAACCGGAAGCCUGUGCGGCGGGUAGCUUGGGCCUGGAGAAAAGUUUCUUGCCAUGCCGGCGAGGUGCUUGGCAAUCAUAGUUCAUUGAUUAAACAGUUUUACUUGCGAAAAGCUGCGUCCUCCACCAUGCUCCAGCACGCAGCCAGGACUUGGUCCCGAGCUUCUCGAAGCCUCGUUUGCCAUGCUGCAAUGCGGCCAGUUGCGCCAGCUGCUAUCCCUGCCACCUCGGUGUUGGCAUCGCGAUGUUUUGCAGCAGCAGCAAAGAAGCCCAAGAUGGAGGAUGGCACCUUGGAGGGUCGAUAUGCAACGGCUCUCUUUAUGGCAUCCAUGGACAAGUUGGACAAGGUCUAUGGUGACUUGCAGGGGCUGCGUGAAAUGAUGGAGUCGUCUCAGGAGUUCAAGUUGGCCAUUGAGACUCCCGGGAUCGAGCCGGAGAGCAAGGUGGCCGCCUUCGAGGCCGUCUGCAAGAAAGCCUCCAUCGAUGGUGCAGUCCUGAACUUCCUCAAGGUCUUGGUGGAAAACAAGCGGGCCCAUCUGCUGUCCCGCAUGAUCGACAUCUUUGAGAACUUCUACCGCGCAGAGAAGAACUUGGUUCUCUGCAAGGUGACCUCUGCAGCUUCCCUGUCGGAUGGCCAGAAAAAGCAGGUCGAGGCAGCUAUGCAGAAACGGGCUGAGGGCUCCAAGCUUAUCAUGGAGUAUAACACCAAUCCAGCAUU